ACAAAUUUUUUGUAAAAUGAAAUCUCUCUCGCUUUACAAAUUUCGUGCGCCUGAUUUAAAAUAUUUUGUUUCAUUAUUAAUUAUUACAGUUAUAAUUUUGGUCCUUUGUCAAAGUUAUUUUGAGAUAAAUCAAUCGACUGUUCAAGUUCGGCCAGCUGAAAGUUUAUUGUACUCAGGAGAGGUGAACACUGUAAAUGUACUAAAAGGUGGUUGGCAGGAAUUUAUGAAAAAAGAUUAUCAUUUAUUCGUUCAUAAAUCAUUUAUUGACCUGCGGCAGGGUGUAUUUGGUGAAACAGCCGUUGUAAUUACUACAGGAAUCUUACGAGGAAGGGCUUUUUACGAAUUUAAUGUUAAUUGUAAAUUGUAUUAUGAAGGAGAGUGGAUAACAAAAAGAGCUGCAUUAGGUCAAGUACCGAGAAGUUGGAGACUAGAAUUCACAGGGUGGCAGAGUGUACAUAUUUUAUGUCCUAUAUCAAAAGUAGGACCUUAUCCUAGUCAGUUAAUAUUGGAAGAUACAAAGACAUUAGAAAGAGUCUUCUUACCAGUUGAAAUCGCUGAGUCGGGAAGUUAUAAUCUUAUAGCCUGUGUUCCAAUAGUUUAUGGAAACUUUAAUUCAGAGGCCUUAAUAGAAUGGUUUGAAUUACAAAGAUUUUUUGGUGUACAAAAAAUUUCAAUGCAUGUAUGGAAGGUUUCAAAAGAAAAUUGGGAGAUAUUCAGCUAUUAUAAAGCUCAAGGUCUCUUGGAUUUCUAUAAUUUAGAUACACCAUACAAUAUUACGUAUACAUUUGAAAAGAAUAAAUCUCGAGCUCCAGCAAAACCUUACUUCUUAGAAGUUCUGUACUCUACUGAUCUUACGGAAUGUAUGUUGAGAAAUUAUCUGAGAAGUACAUAUAUUAUGGUUAUGGAUCUUGAUGAAGUUCUUGUACCGAAAAAAGUAAAUAAUUAUCAUGAACUUUUGAAUAAGUUUAAAGAAUAUGAUACCAUUAACUUUCAAAUGAAGAAUUUUGAUAUAACGUGUAAUUUUAUGAUACCAGAUGAAACACAUUAUUUCUUUAAAAGGCCAUAUAAGGAAAUAAUAGCCGCUGGUAAAGAGUCACUUCUUCCGGCAAAGUCUAUACAUAAGGCCCUGAAAUGUCUUAUGUUUCUCCAACACAAUUGUGUUCGACCCAGCAAACCGUAUAAAAAGCAAAUGAUCAGCUCUGAUGAAGUGGUACUCAGACACUACCGAAAAAGAGGAAGAUGUGUACAAAGUCGUCGUCAUUUUGUUGAAGAUAGGAGUUUGAAUAGGUUUUCUCCAAAUAUAACUGAACGACUAACUAUUGUAAAAGCAAAAUUACUGCAUUCUGGUAAGAAACAAAUCGGUUAUGCUUAA